GAUUUCUCGGCACAGGUGUUGCCCUUGGCCUAGCCAGCGCCUUUGUGGCACCGGGAGCCCGACCUCAAGAGCCUCGGCAGCCGGCUCAGGCCCGCGUCGCAAGCGCCCCAGCCGUCAGCGCAACUGGGACGCUGGCCACCUUGGCUGCAGCAUCUGUGACGCUGGCUGCAUUCGGCAAAAAGACUCAGCUCAAAUCCACGGUUGCGAAAGAAGUGGCGGAUGUGCCGCCUCUGUUCCAGCCCUCGGAACAGUUCGGUGCAACUGAGCCUUUGGGCUUCUUCGAUCCGCUUGGGUUCACUGCGGUGGGCGACGAGAGGGGCUUCCGCAAGCUGCAAGUUUCGGAGAUCAAACACGGGAGGGUAGCGAUGAUGGCAUCUAUCGGCCUGGUUGGUCAGCACUUCCUGAAGUUGCCAGGCUUUGAGCAGUCCCCCGCUGGCUUCUCCGUCAUGGGCAGGGGCGAAGGCGUGCUUGGCUUCUUCGGCAUCUUCCUGCUCUGCGGUCUCUUGGAGCUGGCGUGGCGAGAGGAGCCCGGCAGCGACCGCGAGCCCGGCAACUAUGGGGACCCCUUCGGUGUCAACAUGUACAACGAUGAGAUGAGGAUGAAGGAGCUGAACAACGGGCGCAUGGCCAUGAUUUCUGUGCUGGGUAUCUUUGCGGCGGAGAUCGCCACGGGCAAGGAUGCCAUGCAGCAGUUUGGUCUCCCAGCACUGGGUGGUCAGGUUGCUGCUUCUUCCUCCGCGUCGCGCAGCAGCUUUGCAGGAAGGACUUCCUCUCGAGUGGCAGCCCAGCAGAGCAUUCUGCGUCGAGCUGAAGCAGUGGUGGAGGAUGUGCCGCCUCUGUUCCAGCCCUCGGAACAGUUCGGUGCAACUGAGCCUUUGGGCUUCUUCGAUCCGCUUGGGUUCACUGCGGUGGGUGACGAGAGGGGCUUCCGCAAGCUGCAAGUUUCGGAGAUCAAACACGGGAGGGUAGCGAUGGUGGCAUCUAUCGGCCUGGUUGGUCAGCACUUUCUGAAGUUGCCAGGCUUUGAGCAGUCCCCUGCUGGCUUCUCCGUCAUGGGCAGGGGCGAGGGCGUGCUUGGCUUCUUCGGCAUCUUCCUGCUCUGCGGUCUCUUGGAGCUGGCGUGGCGAGAGGAGCCCGGCAGCGACCGCGAGCCCGGCAACUAUGGGGACCCCUUCGGUGUCAACAUGUACAACGAUGAGAUGAGGAUGAAGGAGCUGAACAACGGGCGCAUGGCCAUGAUUUCUGUGCUGGGUAUCUUUGCGGCGGAGAUCGCCACGGGCAAGGAUGCCAUGCAGCAGUUUGGUCUCCCAGCACUGGGUGGUCAGGUUGCUUCUUCUUCCUCCGCAUCGCGCAGCAGCUUUGCAGGAAGGACUUCCUCUCGAGUGGCAGCCCAGCAGAGCAUUCUGCGUCGAGCUGAAGCAGUGGUGGAGGAUGUGCCGCCUCUGUUCCAGCCCUCGGAACAGUUCGGUGCAACUGAGCCUUUGGGCUUCUUCGAUCCGCUUGGGUUCACUGCGGUGGGUGACGAGAGGGGCUUCCGCAAGCUGCAAGUUUCGGAGAUCAAACACGGGAGGGUAGCGAUGAUGGCAUCUAUCGGCCUGGUUGGUCAGCACUUUCUGAAGUUGCCAGGCUUUGAGCAGUCCCCCGCUGGCUUCUCCGUCAUGGGCAGGGGCGAGGGCGUGCUUGGCUUCUUCGGCAUCUUCCUGCUCUGUGGUCUCUUGGAGCUGGCGUGGCGAGAGGAGCCUGGCAGCGACCGCGAGCCCGGCAACUAUGGGGACCCCUUCGGUGUCAACAUGUACAACGAUGAGAUGAGGAUGAAGGAGCUGAACAACGGGCGCAUGGCCAUGAUUUCUGUGCUGGGUAUCUUUGCGGCGGAGAUCGCCACGGGCAAGGAUGCCAUGCAGCAGUUUGGUCUCCCAGCACUGGGUGGUCAGGUUGCUUCUUCUUCCUCCGCGUCGCGCAGCAGCUUUGCAGGAAGGACUUCCUCUCGAGUGGCAGCCCAACAAAGCAUUCUGCGUCGAGCUGAAGCAGUGGUGGAGGAUGUGCCGCCUCUGUUCCAGCCCUCGGAGCAGUUCGGUGCAACUGAGCCUUUGGGCUUCUUCGAUCCGCUUGGGUUCACUGCGGUGGGUGACGAGAGGGGCUUCCGCAAGCUGCAAGUUUCGGAGAUCAAACACGGGAGGGUAGCGAUGAUGGCAUCUAUCGGCCUGGUAGGUCAGCACUUUCUGAAGUUGCCAGGCUUUGAGCAGUCCCCUGCUGGCUUCUCCGUCAUGGGCAGGGGCGAGGGCGUGCUUGGCUUCUUCGGCAUCUUCCUGCUCUGUGGUCUCUUGGAGCUGGCGUGGCGAGAGGAGCCCGGCAGCGACCGCGAGCCCGGCAACUAUGGGGACCCCUUCGGUGUCAACAUGUACAACGAUGAGAUGAGGAUGAAGGAGCUGAACAACGGGCGCAUGGCCAUGAUUUCUGUGCUGGGUAUCUUUGCGGCGGAGAUCGCCACGGGCAAGGAUGCCAUGCAGCAGUUUGGUCUCCCAGCACUGGGUGGUCAGGUUGCUUCUUCUUCCUCCGCAUCGCGCAGCAGCUUUGCAGGAAGGACUUCCUCUCGAGUGGCAGCCCAGCAGAGCAUUCUGCGUCGAGCUGAAGCAGUGGUGGAGGAUGUGCCGCCUCUGUUCCAGCCCUCGGAACAGUUCGGUGCAACUGAGCCUUUGGGCUUCUUCGAUCCGCUUGGGUUCACUGCGGUGGGUGACGAGAGGGGCUUCCGCAAGCUGCAAGUUUCGGAGAUCAAACACGGGAGGGUAGCGAUGAUGGCAUCUAUCGGCCUGGUAGGUCAGCACUUCCUGAAGUUGCCAGGCUUUGAGCAGUCCCCCGCUGGCUUCUCCGUCAUGGGCAGGGGCGAGGGCGUGCUUGGCUUCUUCGGCAUCUUCCUGCUCUGUGGUCUCUUGGAGCUGGCGUGGCGAGAGGAGCCCGGCAGCGACCGCGAGCCCGGCAACUAUGGGGACCCCUUCGGUGUCAACUUGUACAACGAUGAGAUGAGGAUGAAGGAGCUGAACAACGGGCGCAUGGCCAUGAUUUCUGUGCUGGGUAUCUUUGCGGCGGAGAUCGCCACGGGCAAGGAUGCCAUGCAGCAGUUUGGUCUCCCAGCACUGGGUGGUCAGGUUGCUUCUUCUUCCUCCGCAUCGCGCAGCAGCUUUGCAGGAAGGACUUCCUCUCGAGUGGCAGCCCAGCAGAGCAUUCUGCGUCGAGCUGAAGCAGUGGUGGAGGAUGUGCCGCCUCUGUUCCAGCCCUCGGAACAGUUCGGUGCAACUGAGCCUUUGGGCUUCUUCGAUCCGCUUGGGUUCACUGCGGUGGGUGACGAGAGGGGCUUCCGCAAGCUGCAAGUUUCGGAGAUCAAACACGGGAGGGUAGCGAUGAUGGCAUCUAUCGGCCUGGUAGGUCAGCACUUCCUGAAGUUGCCAGGCUUUGAGCAGUCCCCCGCUGGCUUCUCCGUCAUGGGCAGGGGCGAGGGCGUGCUUGGCUUCUUCGGCAUCUUCCUGCUCUGUGGUCUCUUGGAGCUGGCGUGGCGAGAGGAGCCCGGCAGCGACCGCGAGCCCGGCAACUAUGGGGACCCCUUCGGUGUCAACAUGUACAACGAUGAGAUGAGGAUGAAGGAGCUGAACAACGGGCGCAUGGCCAUGAUUUCUGUGCUGGGUAUCUUUGCGGCGGAGAUCGCCACGGGCAAGGAUGCCAUCCAACAAUUUGGCUUCUGAGUUUGGACAAUCUAGGAUUAAAUGCUUCCCCUCUUUAGAUAUUGAAGUGCAGAGAUCACUGUCGGUACAGUACAAGCGAAAAGGUUUUUCUGUCCAUGCAAAAUUGCAACAGGACCUGUUAGUUGACAUAUUUUGUCUUCGAGCAGCACAGUCUUUGCGGGCAUGCUGGCUCCCUUUUCUCGCCUAUGAGGCAGUCGCAGUUCUGGUCAG